AUCCGGACACAUGGCAAUUCUCAGCGCACUGGUGUUGCCACGUGGCAUUUCGCCUAAUAAACAAAUCCAAUGAAAUCGGGACGAGGAGGAGAAAGAGAAGGAGAAGAAAGGAGGAGGAGGAGGAGGAGAAGAAAGAAGGAGGAGGAGGAGGAGGAGGUGGAGAAGAAAGGAGGAGGAGGAGGAGGAGAGAAGAAGUCGAAAGGAGAAGGAGGAGGAGGAGGAGAAAGGAGGAGGAGGAGGAGGAGAAGAAAGAGGAGGAGGAGGGGGAGAGAAGAAGACGGAAGGAGGAGGAGAAGAAAGGAGGAGGGGGAGGAGGAGGGGGAGGAGGAGGAGGAGGAGGAGAGAAGAAGACGACAGGAGGAGGAAGAGGAGAAGAAGAAUACGAAAGGAGGAGGAGGAAGAGAGGAGAAGAAGAAUACGGAAGGAGGAGGAGGAGGAGAGGAAGAAGAAGAAGAAGAGGAAGGAAUGAGGUGGAGGAUUCACAAAGAUGGCGACAGCAGCUUCACGGGCAGCAACGACGGGAGGGCUUCUCAACGGGGCAGUCCGACGGGGAGCAACGGCGGGCAGUCGACAAGGAGCAGCAGAAGAAGACAGAAGGAGGAGGAGAAGAAAGGAGGAGGGGGAGGAGGAGGAGGAGGAGGAGAGAAGAAGAUGAUAGGAGGAGGAAGAGGAGGAGGAGAAGAGGAAAGGAGGAGGAGGAGGAGGAGGAGGAGAGGAGAAGAAGAAUACGAAAGGAGGAGGAGGAGGAAGAGAGGAGAAGAAGAAUACGAAAGGAGGAGGAGGAGGAGAGGAAGAAGAAGAAGAAGAGGAAGGAAUGAGGUGGAGGAUUCACAAAGAUGGAAAAUGUGUGAGUCAGCGGGAUUGAAGCUGGAGGAUUUGCGAAGGAAAAUGUGUGAGCCAGCCGAGUCGAAGCUGGAUGAUUUGCGAAGGUUACGGUCCGUCCUGCAAUCGAAGGUCAAUGCAGCGAAGUCGGCGAAGAUGGCCUGUGAGAAGGAGAAGUCUGUACUGAAGGGUACAUGCAAAAACCUUGAGCAAAAAGUCAAGAGCUUGGAGGGGAUGCUGUGCAACCAGGAGUCUGAAAAGGUACCCACUCUUGAGCUGCCGAAACCUGAAAGCAUUCAGAGAGAGAGCAUUCAGAAAGCUCAUUCAGAAAGCAUUCAGAAAUUGACACACACAGAGUGAAAUUGUACACACAGCCACAACAAUAAGCUGUCAUAUGAGUAAAGCGAAACAAACAUC